AUGAAGACUCAGGUAUCUGACCCAUACCCGUACAGACAUAUCGUUGCAGUUGGAGUAGUUAGCUGCUACAUGGAAAGGCCAACUACAAAACACCUUCAGGCUGUUAAGGGAAUACUUAGGUAUGUGAAAGGCACCCUUGACUAUGGUCUGAAGUACUCAAGAGGAAGAAAAGAAGUUGUGAUUUCUAGAUACACUGACAGUGAUCUAGGGAAUGAUGUGAAUGAUAGGAGAAGUACAGGUGGAAUGGCAUUUUAUGUGAAUGGAAAUAUGAUUACAUGGGCCUCACAAAAACAGAGAUAUGUUGCCUUAUCCUCCUGUGAAGCAGAGUUUAUGGCAGCCACUCUAGCAGCCUGCCAAGGAAUAUGGCUUAGAAGACUCCUCAGGGAAAUACCUGGGCAAACUGUGCCAACUGUAACUCUAUUGGUUGAUAAUCGUUCAUCACUUGACCUCAUGUAG